ACUAUUUUUUCGCUUCACCGGCGGACGGCAACCUCACCUUAGCCGUCCGCCGGACCUCAACCUAUUCCGCUUAUUUUCUACACAUACCUUCCCAUCAUCCCCUGCUCGAACCAAACAAACCCGUAGUAGAUUCAUCUGUUGGAGCUCAGGGAGAGAAACCGAGGGAGUGAGAGAGAGAUGCAGACUGCGGUGUUGAACCCAUCAUAUUCUGUCUGCAGGGCCCAACAAACCCUCGAACCUUCUUGUUCUCUUUCCUCUCCAUCCACAACACCUUUCUUCCACCCCUCUUCACCCUUCAAGAACUCCAUCUUUGGCCCUCGAAUUUUUCUAUCUGAGAGAAGCAAUCUGGUGCAGCGGAGCUUUGCACGUUCCGUGCCCACUGGGAUACACAGGCGAGUUGUAAAGACGGUUGCCACGCCAGAUUCAGCUGUGGAGUUGUCCCUAACAGCAGAAAAUGUGGAGAGUGUGUUGGACGACAUUCGACCGUAUCUCCUUGCCGAUGGUGGUAAUGUGGCACUACACGAAAUUGAUGGCAAUGUUGUGAGGUUGAAGCUACAAGGAGCAUGUGGCUCCUGUCCAGGUUCUGUAAUGACUAGGAAGAUGAGCUGAUUGAUGUUGGCACAUGGGGAAGUGACUCACGUGGGUGGUAAUUUGGCCCACGAUUUUUAUCAAAACCAGCGUAUAGUUUCAAAGACGCACUCAAGUACACCCACUAUUUUAUUUUGCCAACUUUCUAUUCUUAUUAGUAUUAUUAUUAUACAAAACAAAACAACCCACUGCUUUUCUAUUUUAUUUUAUCACAUACCUUCACUCUUGUUGUGAGUGUGUCCGGCUUUUCUUUUUUUUAACUUUCUUUUAUUUUAAUAUAUAUAUAUAUAUAUAUGUAUCUGUUUAUUCUACUAUAUUCUCAAAGCAACUGAGUUACUCCACCACCUUUUGCACCCCACUCACGAUUAUUUU